CGAAUUCUGAUCUAUCUUUCAUUCUCAAUCGCAUUCGGUUUCCAACUCUCUCUCUCGGUCUUUAACUCUACCUAUUUGAUACUAGAUUCGGCAAUUUUUAAAAAUUUUCUUAUUGUCGAAUCCUCAACUUUGAUCGAAACUUGGCUUUUGCUUCGUUAGUACAGUUUAUUAGCUCAAAAUUUGCCCCAUCUCAUGUUGGAUCGAUUACCUGUUAAUUUACACUCAAUUUCGUCUAAUUUUCUACAUUCUGAUGUUUUCUUUAUAGAUUGCUUUAAUUGUCUCCGAUUUCGCCUAAAAUUUUGAUAUAGUGAUCAUUAGCCCUCUCUAUCGACCCUACUCGCCGUAAAUAUUCGACAAAUGGCGGAUCAAUUUCAGCCAAUUUCGAUUGAGGACUUGCCACAGCAUCUGAUUUUCGAAAUCCUAACCUCCGGUCGUUUGAGCGCGUUUGAUCUGGUUUGUUUAGAGCUGACGUCGCGAGCUUUUAGAGGGAGUCAUGGUUUGUUUCCUAAAAAAUUCAGGUCUUUGGUGGAUUUCUCGGCAUAUCAUCUGUGUGAGUCUCAUCCUAUAUAUGCUCCAAUGCAUUCCAAUUCUCAGAAAGAGCUUUUCAAUCGGUGUGGUGGGAUCUGGAAGCGGGUUUUGAGGUUCUUGCAAUCGGUGGAGCAGUCCUCUGAUAUUGUUGAAACCUCAGCAGGCAAUAUGCAGAUUUGGAGUGGAAGAUAUCACACAUUGUUGAUCAAUGAUUCUGCAGUCUACUCAUGUGGUUCCAGCUUGUGUGGUGUUCUGGGUCAUGGUCCUGAAACAACGCAAUGUGUAGCAUUUACACGAAUCAAUUUCCCAUCUCCAGCACAAGUGAUUCAUGUCUCGGCCUCCCAUAAUCAUGCUGCUUUUGUCACGCAGUCUGGAGAGGUUUUCACAUGUGGAGAUAAUUCAUCCUUCUGCUGUGGGCACGGAGAUACCAGUCGUUCCAUAUUCAGGCCUAGGCUUGUCGAAUCAUUGAAGGGAGUUCCUUGCAAGCAGGUUGCCGUGGGGCUUAGUUUCAGUGUUUUUCUCACAACACAAGGUCAUGUCUAUACAUGUGGGACCAAUACACAUGGCCAGCUUGGCCAUGGUGACACUCUGGAUAUACCAACACCCAAAAUUGUGGAACAGCUCGAGUGUGUUGGUUCUGUAGUCCAGAUUGCUGCUGGUCCAAGUUAUGCCCUAGCAGUGACCGAGGAUGGGACAGUUUACUCUUUCGGGUCAGGAACGAAUUUUUGUCUUGGCCAUGGAGAACAGCGAAAUGAGCUUCUGCCACGUGCAAUUCAGUCAUUUAGGACAAAGANUGGUCCAAGUUAUGCCCUAGCAGUGACCGAGGAUGGGACAGUUUACUCUUUCGGGUCGGGAACGAAUUUUUGUCUUGGCCAUGGAGAACAGCGAAAUGAGCUUCUGCCACGUGCAAUUCAGUCAUUUAGGACAAAGGGCAUUCAUUUGGUAUGCGUCUCUGCUGGUGAUGAGCAUGUGGUGGCACUUGAUUCUAGUGGAUCAGUGUACACUUGGGGCAAAGGUUACUGUGGAGCAUUGGGUCAUGGAGAUGAGAUUGAUAAAACUACUCCAGCAUUCUUGAGCAGCCUUAAGAACAAGUUGGCUGUGCAGGUGUGUGCAAGUAAGAGGAAAACCUUUGUUUUGGUGGAUGAUGGUUCUGUUUAUGGCUUUGGCUGGAUGGGGUUUGGUAGCCUCGGGUUUCCAGACAAGGGAGCAUCUGAUAAAGUGAUGAGGCCUCGAGUGCUUGAUAGAUUAAGGCCUCACCACAUUUCUCAAGUAAGCACAGGCCUGUACCACACCGUUGUAGUCACUAAACGGGGACAAAUCUUUGGGUUUGGAGAUAAUGAAAGAGCACAACUGGGGCAUGAAACAUUGAGAGCAUGUCUUGAACCAACUGAAAUUUUUGUUCAAGAAAUGCUGAAUGGUGAUGAUCUUGUAUCAGAAAGUGGUCAACUCUAG